AUGGCAGUUUCGGGUCGAAAGGUUUCUGAUUUUCAAGGUUCCAUAUCUAAAGGUUCUGCAGAGGACUUUGAUCAUAGAUGUGAACCAUGUUUGGCGAUUGGUCAGCAAAUAGAAGCUCAUGGAUUUUGUGUGGACUGUCAAGGACACUUAUGUAAGAACUGCUUUGCUUACCAUCAAAGGAUAAAGGCGACCAAACAUCAUCACCUGGUAAACAAAAAUAAUAUGGCUAAACAUGCUGUUAGCAAGGAGUCCGACGAAUGCACUGAGAAGUGUCAAGUGCACAAAAAGGAAGUGAUUAAAUUUUUCUGUCUAAAACAUGAAGCUCUCGGCUGCAACGAUUGUAUCGUCCUUAAUCACAGAGCAUGUGACAUUGACUAUAUACCUGAGAAAUGUGCUGGUAUUGGGGACAGUGCAGAGUUCAGAGAGGUACUGAGUGAGCUGGACCAGAAGAUGAAUGAAGUCGAGGAUGUUAUAAAGUUGGCCUCGUGUAGAGAAAAAGAAUUAGAUUGCUGCCAUGAUAAGCUACUCAAAGAAAUUACAAUGUUUCGCAAAGAGAUAAAUGAUCGCUUAGACCAACUACAAAAGCAAAUCCAGACAGAUGCUGACAAAAAGAAAUCCACAGAUAAACAAACAGUAAAGAAGGUGCUUGAAACAUUUACAAACAUUUCUUCAGAUAUCAAACAACUAAAGUCAAGACUACAAGAUUACAAAGCCUCACAGCAGAAUGGACAACUUUACAUUACAAUGAAACAAGCUAAAUCAAAACUGAAAUCAGACGAAAUAAAAGAGACAGACAAAAGUUUAGAAACGACAAACAUGCAAUACACAUUUGAGCAAAAUCAAGACCUGACAAACAUGCUUUCAAGACAACAUGCACUUGGAAAGCUCGCACUCUCUUCUUCUCUUGUAUCAACAAAAAGGAGGAAACCAAUUGAACAAAUAACACAAAAAGAAUAUAUAAACAUAAAGACAAAGUCAGAUCAGGAGGAAUGCUUUAUCACAGGAUGUGUUGUCCUGUCCUCUAAUAAACUUGUGGCGGCUGACUAUGACAAUUACAAACUGAAAGUUGUUGACAUAAAAAAUAAAGCUGUAAUAGAAGAGACAACACUUUCUUCAAAUCCAUGGGACAUUGCAGUAAUGCCUCAGGACCAUAUUGCUGUGACAAUGCCAGAGAAGAAAGCAAUCCUUAUAAUGACAACAGCUGGUAAACUGUCAAUUACCCGCAAGUUUCCAGUUAAAGGAGAAUGUAGUGGUAUAGCUUAUCAUCAAGGUCAUCUCUAUACAGUGUGCAUUGAUCCGAAGUGUGUAUUUAUUACAGAUACACAAGGUAACGUCCAGAACACAAUUAAACUGGAUAAUAAGAGAACUGCCGAUCCAUACUACUUAUUGCUAAGUAAGGAUCUGAGACAUAUCUUCAUCAGUGACGCUGGUAGCGACAGUUUCUUCAGUAUAACAUUACAAGGUGAUAUAUCUGCUGAAUACAAAAACAAAAACUUUCAAGGCCCACGGGGAAUGAUGAUGCUAAACGAUGGAUCCUUGCUGGUGUGUUGCUGUAGGAAAAAUGGCAGCAUGCAUCGUAUCUCGAGUGAUUUGAAGCAAUGUUACACAAUGAUAGAUGAUCUGUUGUACCCGUCCUCUAUAUGCUAUAAUCUUGAUCAUCAGGAGGUCUAUGUCGGAUGUAUUAGUGAUCAGAUGAUUGUGUUGAGUGCAAAAUAA